AUGCAAAUAAUAAUCGUGGGCGCCGGGAUAGCAGGCCUCUCAGUCGCUCUAGCCCUGUCCAAAUCAAACCACGAAGUCCUAGUCCUUGAAUCGGCACCCCAACUAGCAGAGCUAGGGGCCGGCGUCCAAAUGACCCCACAAGCAAUCAAAUAUCUCUUCUCGUGGGGCCUAAAGGAAGACUUACUGGCAGAAUGUAUCACGCCCGAGAAAAUACUUUUCAAAAACUGGAAAGAUAGCGCUCUAAUCGGUGCGCUGGACAUGACGACCUUUGAAGAUGAGUUUUGUGCGCCUUAUAUUGUAAUUCACAGGGCUUCGUUGCAUACUGUCCUGCAUCGACAUGCUGUCCAAGCUGGAGCGAAGAUUCGGCUUGAUGCCACGGUCACUAAAUAUGAUUUUGAGAAUGGAAGCGUCGAGUUGAAAGGUGGUGAGAUGCUAAGUGCAGACCUCGUCGUUGGUGCCGAUGGCAUUAACUCGUUCGCUCGUUCCCAGCUUCUCGGAUCAGAAGAUCCGGGCACUCAACCUACAGGAUGGGCUGCGCUUAGAAUGAUGGCGGAAACAUCAAAGAUCAAAGCCAAUCCUCUAACAGCCGGUCUAGUCGAUCUUGACACCUAUAACUCGAAUUUCUGGAUUGCACCCGACAAAUCAUGCAUGACGUAUUGGAUCAAAGAUGCGUCUAUGCUGAAUAUCGUUCUUUCGCACCGUGAUGACAUCGACAUGAAAACUCUUACCUAUGAGGAACACAAAGAAUUCGUUGAUAACCUCUUCAAAGGCUUUGAUUUGCCCGUCCGAGAACUCCUCAAUCUAGCAAUUCCCAAGAUAGUAAACUACCCUGUUUACGCUGUCCCGCCCCUCCCUAACUGGGUCCAUCCUUCCGGACGCUUCACGCUCGUCGGUGACGCAGCGCACGCGAUAGCUUUCUACAUGUCUAUGGGGGUUAGUCUGGCUGUCGAAGACGCCGUGUCCCUCUCGGUAGCCUUAGGCCAUCCCCGUGAAACUAAAACAGGUCAAGCGGGAUUGAAACACGCACUCGGUGUAUUUGAAGAUGUGCGCAAGCGCAGAGCUGAGCGUGUCCAGAAAGUCAGUCUGCGUGCCGGUGACUCAUACCAUGUACCGGAUGGAAAAGAGCGAGAGGCGAUGUAUAAAUUGAUGGCAAAGCCUAAUUAUUUUGCCGAGCCUAACAUGGACGAUCCAUCUGAGGCUGAGGAUGGGAUCGGCGGUCUUGCUAACAGGUGGACUAGGGGUUGGUGUUUUACGUUCAGUGCCUAUGGGUCUGUAGAUCGUCGUUUUUAUGAGGAAACGUUGGGAUAG